CGAGUACUGCCUGUCCUCACUAAGACUUCACGACUUACGCAUGCUAUGCUGAAUCCAUCGUCUUCACCCUCACCCUCGUUGACUUCCCAGGACUUCAAUAACAACCGUAAACGUUUACGCACACUUUCCUUGGAAUCCGCAUCCUCCUCGUCCUCACCAAAACGCUCCAUGUCUCAAGACCCUAGCCUCGACACUCAUGACACGCCCCGCCCGAACGAUCUCCCUACGCCGCCCGCAGAGGACGCAAAGCAAGCAGCAGACGUCGACGUCUACAUGGCCGAACAGGGCGAGGCUAGCGGCGAGGCCACCGCCACGAACCCGCUAGAAGCCUCGUCAUCGAGCACGAGUCCGCUUACGCUCCGGGAGAAGUAUCUGAAGAUCAGUCCACUCGUGAAGCGCGAUAUGGUCGUGGGCGAGACGUGGUAUGUGGUGUCCCGGAGAUGGUAUAGACGGUGGGAGAAGGCGUGCACAGGUUCCGUAGACAAAGAAGGUGCGGUCGAGGAAAAGGACCUCGGUCCCGUGGAUAAUGGCCACCUCGUCGAUUUCAAAGGCAACAUCGCCACUACCUCUGUAACUGAAGGAGUCGAUGUUCAGUUCUUGCCCCAGGAAGCCUGGGAUCUAAUUGUUUCAUGGUAUGGCGAACCCAAUACGCCAAUACCACGCAAAGUGAUUAAACGCGGCUUGGCUCAAGAGAUCACCCUUGAACUGUUCCCUCCGAAACUGUAUGCACAUGUCCUCACACCUGACAGUGCGGGUGCCCUUACCCCCAGCACUCCCGUCGAGGUUGUUGUGUCAUCUACAGACGCGCUCCGUGACGUCCGCAAAAAGCUCUUCGAUGCCGUCUGCUCCGACUCUGCGAAUGCGGAAUUCAAAGUCUGGGCUCUCGGCGAGUGGCAGCCCACCUCCAAAUACAUCUCGCUGUCAGAAUUCAAACGGAUGGACGCGCCCGACCAGCUGGUGGGAGACACGCAUACCUUCGAAGACUCUGUCUUCGAGGAUCAAGAUGCGUUUGCAGUGGAGGUCAAGCAGGACGGCCAGUGGCUCGUGCAAGACACGAAGGACUCGCAGACUGCCCUGAGUUCCUCACAGCAGACUCCACCCGCUGACAAUGAGCCGACGCCUCUGUUCCAGUCAGGAAGCGAUUUCUUCUCGCAGAUGCAGGCCAAGAAGCCGCAGCCGGUAUCGACCUUGAAGUCUGCUAUUGCUGCUAUCAGAGAGACGAAAGACCCGCGACCGGCCCCCAAAGCAUCAACUAUCACGCCUGGCACGCUCGGUCUCGGAAAUAUGGGAAAUACUUGUUUCAUGAACUCCGCUAUCCAGUGUCUUGUUCAUACGCCAGAACUUGCAGACUACUUCUUAACUGGUGUGUUUGAGAAGGAGCUGAACCCGGACAACCCUCUCGGCAUGCAUGGUCAGAUUGCUCAGGCGUUCGGCGCACUCCUCAGGAAGAUCUGGGCACCCACAUCCUCCGCGACGUCGUACUCACCAAGGGAGUUUAAAGCUGUCCUUUCGAAGUUCGCUCCGCAAUUCAGCGGAUAUCAGCAGCAUGACUCUCAGGAGUUGGUCGCCUUCCUUCUUGAUGGUCUGCACGAGGAUCUCAAUCGUAUAAUCAAGAAGCCCUACGUAGAGAAGCCAGAUUGGGAAGGCGGAGGCGAUAAGGAGCUCGUAUCGCUGGCGCGAGAAUCUUGGGACGGGUACUUGAAGCGGAACGACAGCGUUAUUGUCGAUCUGUUCCAGGGACAGUACCAGAGCACUCUGGUUUGCCCUGAGUGCGAAAAGGUGUCCAUUACGUUUGACCCGUUCAUGUACCUCACUCUUCCAUUGCCGGUACAGAAGAAGUGGAAACACACAGUCCACUAUGUGCCUUGGGAUCUAGAGAAACCGCAUCUGAAGGUUCCGGUCGAAAUUAAUCGAGACUCCAGCUUCAAAGACCUCCGAAAUCUUUUCGGACGCUGGUUUGACGUGAAUCCCGAGAAUCUGCUCACACUGGAGAUUUUCAACCACCGCUUUUACAAGAACCUAGACGACACCAUCAUCUGCGGUGACAUGACAGACAACGACGUCAUCGUUUGCUUCGAGCUUCCUUGCAACUCCAAGCAAGCGCGUACGUACAAGAAGUCUGAUGAGGAUCCCAUCAUCAUCCCGGUCGUCCUGUGCGACACUCCUUCCCGCUCGCGCGUCUCCUACGGGAGCAACCACAGCCAUUUUGGCUAUCCUUUCUUGACUGUUGUGACUCCAGAGCAAGCGAAGAGCAAAGAUGCUGUUUACGACCUUAUCGUCGAACGUCUUUGCAGGUGGACUGAAAACGUUCGCGAUCUCUACCAGUGGGAGCUUCGUUCAGCUUCUGCGUCCAUGGAGGAGGUCCCAAUACCUCUGUCGAAUGGCCCCACCGUUGAAACUAUUACGGAGAUCAAGGAGAACGGAGAAAUUGUAACCGUCCAAGGAGGAGUACCUGAGGAGGGCGAUAUCGUUGACCAGAAGAGUGUCGUCGUCCAGGAACAAGACUAUGAUGCCAUGGACACAGAAGACGAUGCUCCGCGAAGGACUGGAUUCAAGAAAGGCCUCUUCCAGAUGUUGGUCAGCCCUGGAUCGUCCCAAUUUGCUGUCAGCUACGGUAGUUUCAGCAGCUCCAAGACUGAGAGCAUAGAUCAUCGUGCGGAGGCCGCCGAGGAGAUAGGCGAACCGGUCCUAAACGAAGGUGAAACCAUCCUCUGUGAGUUUGACGAGCACACCAAGGCGUACUACUUUGGCGAGCAACCCAAGUACGAGCACGCGAAGUGGCAGCUCUGGGAAGAGUUUGUCCACCCUGAGAUCAAGGCUUCGCGCGAAGCAGCGUCUCAAAAGAAGAGCCGCGGCAUUUCACUACAGGACUGCUUGGAUGAAUUUACGAAGAAAGAGCAGCUGGGCGAAGAUGACCUUUGGUAUUGCCCGCGCUGCAAGAAGCAUCAACAGGCUACGAAGAGCUUCGAUCUUUGGAGUGUGCCCGAUGUUCUCGUCGUGCACCUGAAGCGUUUCAGCAACAGUCGCAUCCUUCGGGACAAGAUCGACACCUUCGUCGAUUUCCCACUGAGCGGCCUCGAUCUGACGUCGAUGGUCGGCCAGCGAAAGGUGGCUUCGCGACUGGUGGAGAAGGGCGAAGAUCCGAAGGAGCUCGGCUUGGAUGAUAUCGACGAGCCGCUUGUCUACGACCUCUUCGCAGUCGACGAGCAUCUUGGCGGCUUGGGAGGUGGCCACUAUCGUGCGUAUGCUCUGAACAGUGCAGACCAGCAGUGGCACCACUUCGACGACUCCUAUGUAUCUCCAGCGCGGCCUGAGGCUGCUGUGAAUCAAAAUGCGUACCUUCUAUUUUACAGGAGGCGCGCCUCUCGUCCUUUGGGAGGCAAGACUCAUGAUAUCGUCCAAACUGCUCGGGUGUCCGCCCAGCAAUCACCUGCCGCGCAACCUGACGGUGCACUGCCGGAAAUAAAGCUGGAAGACUCUGGACUGCUUACACCUCCGGCAGAUGAUGACGACGGCAUGAUCGGUUCCAGGCGUCAUGGGACGUCGUCUUUGCUGAAGAUGAAGAUAAGUCCAGAUACUUGGAGGCCGCCGCACACCGACUGGGACAACACUUCCACCUCGCCAGCUUCGACGCCGCCACCGCUGGACGAUUUGGAGCCGCCUACAUUCGAGGACUCCCAGUUGGACCCCAUUCUUCAGACUUCUCUGCCACCAUUACAACUUUCAGCAGCGCAAUUCGAUUUUCCAGAUCCCACCUCGCGAGGCUCUCCCUCGUCGGUGCGAGCCGAGUUCGAUCAAGAUCAGGAGCAAGAUAUCGAACUCGACAGCGACGAUUCUGGCUCUAGAAACUGGUCCAACGAGAAUGACCCGGCAGCGUGGCUGUCGCAGUCGAACUCGCGCAGCUUGUCGCAGGAGGACCUUUCCAUGGAGGCGGAACCAGGGAAGGACGACGACAUGAAGGCGGUACUGAACGCUGUAGCUUAGAACGUUGUAGAAUAUGGAACGUGCCCUGUAAUGAUCUGUAGAGUAGAGCAGCUGUAUAUUGGACAUUGCGUCUCCGCACCUCCUACACGCUAAUUAUAUCUUGCAUUUGCUGUUCCCCAGCA